UUGACAACAGAAACCCUGUUCAGUGCAACAACAAAAACUACUAACAACAAUAAUAGCCCCCUCUCUUCUGGGCUUUUUAUGUUCCAGGCACUGUUCUUAGAGCCUCACAUUUCUUAACUCAUGUAUUGCUCAUAAUAAGUUUGUGUAAUAAUGUACAUGUAUACUAAUCUAUGAUCAUUAUCCCCAUUUUACAGAUAGAGGAACAAAGGCACGGAGAAGUUAAGUGACUUGUCCAAGGUCACACAGCUAGUUAAGUGUCCCACGCAAGAAUUUCAGCCAAGGUUCUAGAGAAAUUCUUGCACAUGUGAACCAUGAAACAUGGAUCAAGAAUGUUCAAAGCAGCACUGUUUGCAAAAGCAAAAGACCAGAAACAACCGCAUUUUUAUCAUCAAGGGAAUGGACAGUCUGUUGGUAUAUUCAUGCAUUGGCCUACCACACAGUGGUGAAUGGGUGUACUGGAGGGAAUGGACAGUCUGUUGGCAUAUUCAUGCAAUGGCCUACUACACAGCGGUGAAUGAAUGUACUGGAGGCAAUGGACAAUCUAUUGGUAUAUCCAGGCAAUGGCCUACCACACAGCGGUGAAUGGUGAAUGAAUGUAGUGAAGCUCUGUGAAUUAGUCUGGAUGAAUUUCAGUGUCUUAAUUUGCACUCCACCCAUAGCAGAGUGUUUGAAACAAAUCUUUCCAUAUUUAGGAAGUGAUCCCAGGAAUCAGAAAUGGUGAGAAGAAAAGGAAGCAAAACCAAUAAAAUGUGCAUUACUGAGCUACUGAUGACUGUGGGCUACUGUGCUCAUUCCCACUGGGAGCUCUCUGAGAGUUGUGAAGAAUACAGCUCAGAACUGUCCCUCUGAGGCCCACCUCCAGAGCCCUUCCCGACCCCUCUGCCUGAUGCCUGAUCUCCCCGGAUGGAUGGAGGGAGGCUCCGCAGCUUGGAGACUCCAGCUCUGCCGCACAAAGGGCCCUUGAUUCCAAAGGUGUUCGGAUGGAGACCGUAAGUUCCUCUGGCUCCCGGCUCUCCAGCUGCCUCAUCACCCUCAUCUUCCUCCAGCUGCCCAGACACGUGUCAGGGGACUCCGGCCAGUUCCACCUGGCCCCGCUAGGGGGCACAGCCAAGCUGCUCUGCCCGCUCUCGCUCUGGUCGGUCCCGACGCUCACCGAGGUGCGGUGGCUCCGGUCCUUGCCCGGGGGGCGCUCCCAGGUGGUUCACGUGUUCCGGGAUGACAAAGUCCGCGAGGAAGAUGUGGUACCGGAAUUUAAGGGGAGGACGGCGCUGGAGAGAGACACGCAAGAGGGAAAUGUCACGCUGGAGAUCCGCCACGUGCGGCUGGAGGACCGAGGGCCGUACCGAUGUCAGGUCCGGAUUGCAAACCUGAGUCGAGAGGGCACCGUGAUCUUGCAGGUGGCAGUUCUAGGCUCCGACCCUUACAUCCACGUGAAGGGCUACGACGCUGGAUGGAUCCAGCUGGUGUGCAGGUCGGUGGGAUGGUUCCCAAGGCCUUGGGCCGAGUGGAGAGACCCUCAAGGCAGGGUGCUUCCAUCUGAACCCCAGGCCCCUUCCCUGGACCACGCUGGGCUCUUCGAAACAGCCGUAUCCAGCAAAGUCAGGGACAGCACUGUGGGCAGCGUGUCCUGCACCAUCCGCAACGAUGCCCUGGGCCAAGAGAAGACCGCAGCCAUGGUCAUAGCCGCCCCAUCUCCAGGGAGGAUCUCCCCCGAAGCAGUGGCUCUUGCUGUGGUCCUGCCUGUCCUGGGCCUUCUCAUCAUGGUGGGCAUUGGCCUCAUCUGGAAGCAAAGACGAUCAAAAGAGAAGCUGCUCUAUGAACAGGCGAUGGAGGUAGAAACUCUUCUCUCAGACCAUGCAAAAGAAAAAGGAAGGCUCCACAAAUCCCUCAAGAAACUCCGGAGUGAACUGAAGUUGAAAAGAGCUGCAGCCAACUCAGGCUGGAGAAGGGCCCGGCUGCACUUCGUGGCCGUGACCCUGGAUCCCGACACCGCGCAUCCCAAACUCAUCCUGUCCGAGGACCGCCGGCGUGUGCAGCUCGGAGACAGGAGGCAGCCUGUGCCUGACACCCCCCAGAGGUUCGAUUUCGUCGUCAGCGUCCUGGGCUCCGAGGCCUUCGUGGCGGGCUGUCACUACUGGGAGGUGUACGUGGGAGACAAGACCAAAUGGAUCCUGGGGGUGUGCAGCGAGUCAGUGAGCAGGAAGGGCAAGGUCACCGCCUCGCCCGCCAACGGGCACUGGCUGGUGCGGCAGAGCCGCGGGGCCGAGUACGAAGCUCUCACGUCCCCGCAGACCCCCUUCCGCCUGAAGGAGGCCCCGCGCUGCGUGGGCGUCUUCCUGGACUACGAAGCAGGCAUCAUCUCCUUCUACAACGCGACCGACAGGUCCCACAUCUUUACCUUCACCCACGCGUUCUCUGGCCCCCUGCGCCCGUUCUUUGAACCGUGCCUGCACGAUGGAGGGAAAAACACGGCUCCGCUAGUCAUUUGCUCGGAACUCCAGAAAUCGGAGGAACCCGUGGUCCCCAAGUCAGAUGGAAAAGGCCGCGCGAACGGGGAUGUGGCCCUGAAGGUGGACGCUUCCCUCCGGCCCUGGUCCCCCGAUCUGGGCCCGGCGCUCCAGGGGCUCAAGGUUCCUUCUUUUUAGGGAGGUGUCUCCUUGGCUGCGCCUGACCCUCCGGCCCAGGGCUCUGGAUUUCAGUCUCUUGGCUCCACACCGGCCUCUGGAACAGCUCAUCUCCUUUCCCCAAAUCCAGACCCUUUUGUGGUUCUAUUCGUGCCACCGUCCUCCCAUUUCUAAACCCUGCCUCCUGCGGGGGACUUGAAGUUCCCAUUGCCCUGGAAGAAUCCUUGAAAACCAGGUGAACAACCAGAU